AUGGGAUCCUGGAACCAAGUAGUAAGCAGCGCCCCAGGCAAGCAUCCGCGAUCCAAAGGUGUUACGACCUCCAGUUGGCUCAACUCCAGCAUAGGGCAGCCAUCGGGUGACAGAACGAAAGACCUGGAAGAACCGCCGAACGGAGAGGAUACAGCACAAGGACCGCAAGUUCUCUUGGAUUUGGAAGAGCAUGGCUUGGAUCGCAGGACUCGGGAAAGGAAAUCGGCAUCUGCAGAGAAAAAGACAUGUACUGAGGUUCACGGCCUAGCCGGACACACUGUGUACCCGGACACUCUGCCCCCUGGAACGGCCAAGGCAAUACUGGACGCUGAGAUUUUUUUAAAUUCCGUUUUGAAGUCAUUAUCCCCAACCAUAUUUUGGGUCUCCGAGCACGUGCAAGUUCCCAGCACCACCGAUGAGGAAGA